AUGAAACUUAUAUUAAUUUAUUUAAUUUUAGUUUUUAAUUUAUUUAAUUUUAUAAAUUGCCAAAAUAUAUUAAAAGUUUCAAAUGUAAGAUUUGCCCAAACUCAUGUAAUACCAAUUGAAGGAAAAUCAUGGAAUAUUCAAGGAUCAACUAAACAUAUGUCGAUAGUUGGUAAAAGAAGAGCAUUACUAUUAGCAAGUUUUCAAGACCAAAAUUUAAGUUAUUUCGCUACAAUUUGGUAUGAUGGUGGAAAGGUUGGUAUGAUUCAAUUAAAUGAUCCAAGUCAAUUACCACUAACCGAAGAUAAUGGUGAAAAGUAUUCAAAAGUUCACCAUUCUGGAAUGAUUCCAAAGGAAUGGGUAAGAGUAGGAAUGAAAAUUCAAUUCUCUUCAUUUGGUGGGAUAAAUGGUACUGAAGUAUCAGAUAUUCUAAGUCCAGAUGUUGGUCAGGAUUAUACUUUGAAAAUGUGGAUAUUACCAUUUUACUUAUUUGGUGCAAAUGAUACUAACACUCAACCAUUCUCAAAGACAAAAGGAAUUGAUUCAGGGAUUUCUAAAGAAUUAAUUGAAAAAUGGUCAUGUUCUGAUUUACAAGCUGAUAAUCAUCCAAUCCAAAAAAUUGAUUGGCCAUACUUUGUAAUGGAACCAAGAAGUGGUAAUCCUGCAAUGGUAAUUACAAAUUCUGAUCAAAAGAAAGAUGGUUAUGCAAUUAUGAAUGGUGUUUUGAGUAUACUAUGGCUACUUAGAGGAAUGUUUGGUGAAUCAUCUUCAUCAAUUCAAAUUUAUUCACCACUUUUACAUUUGGAUGCAAAAGGUAGGUAUGCAGAUACUUACGGGGGGCUAGGUGGUAGUUCAGCAGGUACUGGAAAUCAUAGAUUCACUGGUAUCUUUAUUCAUGAACAAGGUCAUGCAAUGGGUUUGCCACAUGCUGGUGAAGCAUAUGAUAAUAAAAGAAAAUACCCGUACAAACAAGGAAGUUUAUCAGGAUCAGAAUGGGGUUUCGACGCAAAUCAUAAUGAAUUUUUGGGUACUUUUAUUCCUCCAACUGCAGAACUUUACAAAACUUGUAAAAAAAAUUCAAUCAUUGAUAGCAAAGGUCGUUGUGUUAAGCAAAGUGUUAUGCAAAGUGGUGCUGGUGAUCAGUCGUCAAAAUAUAGGUAUAGUAUGUUUGCAGAUUUUGAAAUGACAACAAUUCAAAAUUAUUUUAAAAAUUCAAUUUAUUAUGACGAAACAAAUGGUAAAUAUAAAAAAUGGAAUGAUACAUCUAAAUCUUACUAUGCGUAUAAACCAAUUACUAAAGAAAAAGGAUUUGAAGGUGUUGAUGAAAAUACACCAAUUGAAAGAAAUGUUGAUAUCUAUUCAAUAAUAUUCACAUAUAGUACUGUUGAGAAACCAAAGGUAGGGAAAAUAUCACAAAUUUAUCCAUUACUAAAAUCAAAAGGUAAUUUAAUUAGACAAUUCGAUCCAACUAAUAAAAAAGAAAUGGAUUCUGUUAAUCCAAAAUUGAAUGGUGAAUUUAAAUGGUAUUGCAAUAGUAGUGGUUGUGAUUAUACAAUUAGAGUUACAUUUUAUGAUAGUUCAUUAAAACAUGUACUUUUACAACAGGGCAAACGUAAAUAUAAAUUACCAACUGGUUCUUUCAGAGAUAAUAUAAAUGAUCCAAAAAGUUCUGAUAGUUUCAUGUUAGGUGGUGUUAAUAUCAAAGCAAAUAAAAAAAUUAAAAAAGUUGAAUUACUAGAAACUCCAUUUGCAUGGAAUGGUAUCCCAAAAAAUCCAACUGUUUUAGUUUCAAAAUCAUUUUAA